GGUGUUGUUGGGGCGGGGGGACGCCCACUGUCUCACUGCAGCGAGUAGAGGCACGAAGUAGAGGCUUCUAAACCAGGAAUCUGCUGCAGACGGGGUGAGGGGUGGCCCCGGCCAGGAAAAGCAGGCCCACGGCCCACCAAAAAGGUAAACAGAAAGUCACACUUAGGCUGGCGGCCAUUAAAGGCAGGCUGCCAAAGACUUGCCAUACAUGUGCCAUGCAUGUGCCAUGGCUGCGCUAGCCGCGCUAUCAGUGCUCCUCGGCCCGCGCCGUCCGUGCCGUCCCCGCGCGGCUCACGGGACUCUUUCACACUUGCCCGGCCUCCGACGCCUGCUGCAGACGGAGGACGAGGGCCAGCGAGCCAUGGCGGAGGAGGCUCCCAGUCCGUACACAGGCUGCGGCAGCGCGGUCGGGUCUGAGGUCGGGCCGGCCGCUCGGGGCCGCGUCCUGGUGCAGCAUGCCGGCGCCAUGGCAGCCGCCAACGCGGGCACCAUCGUGGGGCUCGCGCUGGGCUGGAGCUCGGCGGCGGCGGAGGUCCUGGACGGCGCGCAGGGCAUGCCCGUGACCCUGGACGAGUGGUCCUGGGUCGUCUCGCUGUUCUGCGUCGGCGCGUCCGUCGGCGCGGCCUCGGUGGGCAGGCUCGUGCACUCGCUGGGCCGCAAGACGGUCAUCCUGGCCGUGGGGCCCGUCACCAUCGUCGCGUGGGCGCUGCACCUGUGGGCGUCGUCGGUGUGGAUGCUGUACGCGGGGCGGCUGCUCGUGGGCGCGGCGUGCGGGGCGGCGUGCGUCGCCACGCCCAUCUUCGUGUGCGAGAUGUCGGAGCCCCGCAUCCGCGGCGCCCUGUCCUCCUACUUCGAGAUCCUCCUGUGCGUGGGCAUCCUCGUGGUCUACGUCUUCGGCAAGCUACUGCCGGUGUUGUGGCUGAACGUGGCGUGCCUCGCGGUGUCCGUGCUGCACAUCCUGGGCUUCAUGUGGUUCCCGGACACGCCGCGCUGGUUCCUGCUCCGCGGCCGCGAGGAGGACGCCAAGAAGGCGCUGCUCUUCUACCGCGGCCCGCACUACGACGUGGACGCCGAGCUGGCCCUGCUCAAGGUCGGCGUCAAGGAGAGCGCGGCCACGCCGGCCGGCUGGAAGGCGUUCGGCACGCGCGCCGCCAAGAAGGCCCUGGCCAUCACCAUGGUGCUCAUGAUCCUGCAGCAAAUCACGGGUGUCAACGCCAUCACCUUCUACGCCAGCCAGCUCUUCAAGGAGACUGGCUCGUUCGACGCGUACACUGCCAGCAUCGUCGUGGCGGCCGUGGAGGUGGUGUCCGGGGGCGUGUCCAUGUUCUUCGUGGACACCCUCGGCCGGCGGGCGCUGCUGACGUUCUCCUCCGUCUGCAUGGCGGCCUGCACCGGUCUGAUGGGCGGCUACUUCUACUUCAAGGAGUUUCUGGGGCGAGACGUGUCGAGCGUGUCGUGGCUGCCCAUCAUCCUGGUCUGCGUCUACAUGUUCACCUUCACCACCGGCUGGGGCGCUGUGGUCUGGGUGUUCCUCGGCGAGAUCUUCCCGGACAACAUCAAGGGGGUGGCGACGGCCGCGUGCGCCGCCACGGGCUGGUGCGCGUCCUUCCUCGUCACCAAGUUCUACCCCGGCGUGGCCGCGGAGCUCGGCAACUACGUGUGCUACUGGGGCUUCUUCGCGCUCGGCGUGCUGUCGUGCGUCUUCGUCGUCCUGGCCCUGCCCGAGACCAAGGGCAAGACCCUGGACGAGGUCCAGGCCGAGCUGUAGUUUGGAGGGUGGGAGAGGGGACGAAGCGGGUUCAUGGCAUUUUGAACUUUCUUGGUUUAAGUCUUGCAUGCUGUACAUGUUUUGUAAUACCAAUUUUAUAGUAAAAACGUAAAAACUUUUUUUAAAAAGAUAA